UUCCGCCCGAUUCCGGCACAUUGUGAGCCAACCGGAUGUUGACACGAAUCUCCACACGUUGACGCCUCCAUGCGUGUUUUGUCAUUUGAACCGUUGCAAUUUCCAUUUCUUGGCAAGCAAAACGCUGUGGAAUAGCUCGAGAUGUCCGCCUCGCUGGUCAGGAGAGGACUCGAGCUGCUGAGUAACGACAUAAGUGGAAAUGUGAAGAAGAAAAAGCAGCAGCAGCGGCACGCCAGGACGCCCAAUACGGCGGCGGCAAAGGCGCUGGUGGGCACCAACCGCCAGGGCGUCACCCGCCAAGUGAAGCGGCUGCAGGGGCGACUCGGGCCCGGCAAGAGCAAAGCGACGGUCAAGGACAAGCUGAUCAAGUGUGCGCUGGAUGAGAUGAGGAAGACAAAGGACAAAAGUCAGAUGAAGACCAACAACCUCCAAUACUUCAUGAGAACCAACUUGGAAGCGGCCGAAUCGCACACAUUAAAAAUCCAGAACUACAACACGGGAAGACAAUCCCGGGAUCGCCCCGACCGACCCGUCGCUCAAAAACCCAAAGAGGCGCUGUCGGUUUUCACCGAGGAGGAGUUCCAGCAGUUCCAGAAAGAAUAUUUUGGCAGGACCGUGGAAGAAAAGAAAAACGGUCCUUCCCGUCCGAUAACACCUUUUUGAUCUUCUGCGGGAGAGUCCAAACUUUGUUCACAUUUUUCAACAACUCACGUUUAUUAAAAAAUUCUUGUCUAAUGCAAUA